AGUAUCCGAAGAUAUUUUGAUCCUAGUGAGGAGAGAGAGGGGGCGGACGCACUCUAUGGCGCACACGCGUGUAGCAGCUCCAUUUGGUUUUGGUGGAUGACAGAAACUACCACAUUAUUAGGCCUUCCUGUGUCUUGAAUUCAUUGAUUGGGAAGCAGCUGAAAAAAAAAAACCACCACCAUUUGAGAGAAAAAGGAAGCAACUUUAACGAUCAGAGGAACAAGCAGAAGAAAACCCAUCAAACUUAUCCAAUUUCCCAGUGUUUUCGGUCUAUUUGGUCCACGGAAUUGAUCGUGGUAACAUAGUUGUCUCUUUUGCCAUGUGGCGUUCAAGAGAUUCUUUAAGAUAGUGAAAUGGAAAACAAACUAGAAGAAGAUGAUGAUCAUGAGCCAGGUCCAGUUCCUCCACUGAGACUGGACAGAUUUGGCUUCUUAAAGCCGGAAGUUUCUCCUCAAGGUUUAACCAAGAGCAGGUCAGCCUUUGAAUAUGAGAGAGAGGAAAGAAGAGUUAGAAAAUGGAGGAAGAUGAUUGGGGUGGGAGGGAGUGAUUGGAAACAUUAUAUUAGGAGAAAACCUCACGUCGUUAAGAGGAGAAUAAGGAAAGGAAUUCCUGAUUGUUUAAGGGGUCUUGUUUGGCAGUUGAUCUCUGGAAGUCGGGACCUUUUGCUGAUGAACCCUGGGGUUUACGAGCAAUUAGUGAUUUAUGAGACCUCAGCUUCAGAGCUGGAUAUAAUUCGAGAUAUAUCGCGUACCUUCCCUUCACAUAUUUUCUUCCAGCAGAGACAUGGCCCUGGUCAAAGGUCCCUCUACAAUGUUUUGAAGGCGUACUCCGUCUUUGACAGAGAAGUUGGAUAUGUUCAGGGAAUGGGAUUUCUGGCUGGUCUCUUACUUCUUUAUAUGAGCGAAGAGGAUGCAUUUUGGUUAUUAGUUGCAUUACUCAAAGGAGCGGUCCAUGCACCAAUGGAAGGUUUAUAUCAGGUAGGGCUACCACUGGUACAGCAAUACCUUUUUCAGCUUGAUCAGUUGGUAAAGGAGCACUUGCCAAAGCUGGGCGAACAUUUUACUCAAGAAAUGAUAAAUCCUAGUAUGUAUGCAAGCCAGUGGUUCAUAACCGUUUUCUCCUACUCUUUCCCCUUCCAUUUGGCUCUUCGAAUUUGGGAUGUCUUUCUCUACGAGGGUGUGAGAAUUGUCUUCAAAGUUGGUUUAGCCUUGUUAAAGUAUUGCCAUGACGACUUGACAAAAUUACCAUUCGAGAAACUCAUUCAUGCUCUGCGUAACUUCCCUGACGAUGCAAUGAAUCCGGAUACUUUACUUCCAUUGGCUUACUCAAUCAAGGUAUCGCGGGGUUUGGAGGAAACAAGGCAGGAGUACGAGAAGAAGAACGGAAAGGAAGGUAAGUCUCCAGAGAUUGAUAAGCAGUUGGAAUGAAGUUUGUGCGCAUCUCAUCGGAGCACUACAUAUGCUAAAUUAACUUGUCAUUCUUUAUUUUCCCGGCAUGGCAGCGGUUGUCCGAAACAAUGUACUUUCGACAACAUCGCCCUCGAUCGUUGUUUGAUAGUUGCAUUGUUCAAGUCCUUGUUUAUGAACUCCCCUGUUCCUGUUUCAAACUCAAAUGUUGUUAGAUGUGAAUAUUUAUUAAGAUAGGAAACCAAAAGGAUAUAAAUAAAUCUUGUUAUUCUUGCAUUAA